AUGCGUGGUACGUCGUUUGUGCAGGGGCGGGGCUUCGGGCUGGUGCGCUUGCCCUUGCAUUCCCAGCUCUUUGCUCCUGUCCAGAUGUGGAACGUCACAGGGGAGGCAAGAAUGCCUGCUGCCCGAGGAAAAUCCAAGUCCAAGAAGCUUCAUUUUUACAACACAGGAAAACAGAAACAUUUAAUUUUUUGGUAUCUUUCAGACUCAGGGUCUAAGAGUAAGACCAAGAAGUUACCUUCAGAUCAAUGCAGCAAAGCUGGACAAAGCAUUCAUCAGAAACCAAUUUCUGCACAACAGACAGUUCCCACAGGAAAGAGGAGCUGCAAAAUCAAUUUAGUCCUAAUAAAAUCCAAGAAAGGGCAUUUAAGGAGGAAAUCUUUAAAAUGUAAUGACUGUGGGAAAACCUUUAGUCGGAGUUUAUCUCUUAAACUUCAUCAGAUCUCUCAUACUAGGGAGAAGCCUUAUGAAUGCAGUAAUUGUAGGAAAGCUUUCAGACAGAUCUCCUCCCUCAUUCUUCAUCAGAGAAUUCACACUGGAGAGAAAAGCCAUGAAUGUGGUAAAUGUGGAGAACACUUCAAUCAAAGAACAACCCUUAUUCUACAUGAGAGAAUUCAUGAUGGAAAGGAAACCUCUGACUGUGGGAAGCCCUUGAGUCAAUGCCCAUCUCUCAGUAUACAUCAGAAAAUUCACAUUGUUGAGAAGGUCCACCAGUGCAGAAAAUGUGGGAAAGCCUUCAGUCGGAUGUCAUCCAUUUUGCUUCAUAAGAAAAUUCACAAUAGACAGAAAAUCCAUAAGUGCCAUAAAUGUGGGAGAGGUUUCAAUAAGAAGUCAGUCCUUGUUAUGCAUAAAAGAAGUCAUAUCGGAGAGAAAACCCAUGACCGUGAGAAAGCCUCAAGUCAGAGUAUACAGCAGAGAAGGCACCCUUUAGCAAAUCCUUACAAAUGUAGAAAAUGUGGGAAAUCAUCUGGUAAGAUUUCAUCACUUUUGCUUCAUCAGAGAUGUCAUGCUUCAGAGAAACCCUACCAAUGUGACAAAUGUAAAAAGGUCUUCAGGCGGCUUUCGACCCUUAUUCUACAUCUAAGAACUCAUAAUGGAGAGAAACUAUACAGAUGCAGUAAAUGUGAUAAGGUCUGUAAUCGGCACUCAUCCCUUAUUCAGCAUCAAAAAGUUCAUACAAAGAAAAAGAAACUUAUUGAAUGUAAAGAAUGUGGGAAGAUGUUUUCUGGAACUGCAAACCUUAAAAUACAUCAGAACAUUCAUUCUGAAGAGAAGCCUUUCAAAUGCAAUAAAUGUAGUAAAGUUUUUGGCCGCCAGUCAUUUCUUAUUGAACAUCAGAGAAUCCAUACUGGAGAAAAACCCUAUCAGUGUGAGGAAUGUGGAAAGGCCUUCAGUCACCGCAUAUCCCUUACUCGACACAAGAGGAUUCACACUGAAGAUAGACCCUAUGAGUGUGAUCAGUGUGGGAAGGCCUUCAGCCAGAGCGCACACCUUGCCCAACAUGAAAGAAUUCACACUGGAGAGAAACCAUAUACAUGCAAAACAUGUGGGAAGGCCUUUAGUCAGCGUACAUCCCUUAUUCUACAUGAAAGAAGUCAUACAGGAGAGAAACCCUAUGAAUGUAAUGAAUGUGGGAAGGCAUUUAGCAGUGGCUCAGAUCUUAUUCGACAUCAGAGAAGUCAUUCUUCAGAGAAACCCUAUGAAUGUAGUAAAUGUGGGAAGGCUUAUAGUCGCAGCUCAUCCCUUGUUCGACACCAGAAUACACAUUCUGAAGAAAAAGCCUAAGGUUGUUUUAAAUCUGUGAAAGUGAAGGCUGAGGUUAUCAAAGAAGCAGGGAUGGACAUGGGAAAAAUGUGUUUGUCUAUAACAUAAAUUUUGUACAUAUGGGACCAUCUGAUGAUAAGUGCCCCACUUUGAAAGCCAAAGAGCAAACAUUAUUCAUGACUUUUGACCUGAUGGUGCAGUGGUGAAGAGCAACAGCUUCUAAGCAAAAGGUCAGCCAUUUGAGUCCACCAGCUGCUCCUGGAAACUCUGUGGGGGCAGUUCUACUCUGUCCUAUGGGAUCACCAUGAGUUAGAAUCAACUCAGUGGCAAUGGGUUUGGUUUUUUGGUUUUACUUGAUGAUUUGAAAUCAACUGAGGCAGUUACCUUAUCACAGGUCUUCAAAGUAGCAAGCUCAGAAGAUUGGAUCAGUCAUUGUGUUGAAAAAUCAUUUUUCAUUUGAUGAGAAUUACUGAUGUUCUACUUCCAGCAUUGUUUUAAAGAUAUUUCAUUGGUCAAGUGCAACAAAGUGGAAUUUCUAAAUCUAUUUUUGUGGAUGGGGCUUUGAGCCUGAUUUAAAGUCACAUGAAGAAAGAGUUUAAGUCUGUUUCUCAGAACUAGAACUAUCAGAUAUAAGGGACUACCUGGCAAACCAGCUGAUAGAAACUUCUGGGUGAGAAUAAAGAUCAGUGUGUCUUUAGGUAGAUAAAGAUAGCAGUCAUAAUGGUGUGGAGCAUAAGAGUUGCUACCAUACUCUCGCCAUGGAUCUAAGAGUAUAUGAUCUUCAUAGUGUGAAAAUCUAACAUGGCUGAGACAGGUCAAUGGGGAAAGAACCAAUAUAUGUACCAAAGAAUGACGAACUUCAGAGCAGGGAGAAAAUUAUUUCAGUUAUUGUUUUAUUUGAAAAUAAAUUGUCUAUAUAAAUAAAUACAUUGGUAUUUUUAUGUAAGAACACUGGAGUGGAAUAUGGAGAAAACCCUAGAUAUAUGUACUGGGCUCUUUUCCUGUCAGCUAUUCACUAUAUAUAAUAACUUUCAGUGCCUCUUUCUAGCUUGUGUAAAAUAUGUAAGGAAAUUUGUUUUGUAAUUAGUCUAUACAGUUGGGCUCUUUGUAAGUUUUUCUUCUACAAAAGCUAUUCGUGAGAGCAUCCAUAUCUUGUAAAGAUAACUUUGCAGGAUGUAGGACCACAUGAUUAGGUCUGUCUAACCUCGACCACAAAUGAGAAAACAGUAACCAAAAUUGUGAGGGGUGAGCAUGCAUACAGGAUAAUGGAACAACCAAAUUCUCAUUUAAACUUGUCAUAUCAUUUCUCUAAAAUCAGUAUAAAAAUCCUGAGAGAAAGUGGCUGGGCAAAUAGCACAGAAACAGCUCAUGGAGAGGCAUGUCUUUUCUCCCUCUCUAUCUACACACGCAUGCACUCAUGCACACACUUCCUUGUUAAUUUCUCUGUCAAUCUGCCAGAGAGAUUGGUUCCAGGUCAGUGGCCACAUACCUAAAGAUUUGAGGAAGAGCAGGAGGAUGCCCUGCCCACAGUCACUUACCUUCAUCGGUCUCAUGUCGUGCCUAUUAUAUUUCUUAUGUAAUAGAAUAACAUAUGCUUUUGAAAACUUUAUUUUUGGAGGAUAAAUUGUAUCAUAAGGUACGCAUAUUUUAUUAGAUGUUACCAAAUUGCCUUUCCUAACCAAACUGGUAUCUAUCUGUAGUGAAGAAGGAUUUUUUUUUCCUCAUUAAACAGUUAAACACACACAUUGUUUUGUGACAUUGGUUGCCAGCCCUACGACAUGUCAACACUCUCCCCUUGUGAAGGAUUUUUAAAGGAAUUUUGUGGACCUUUGUCCAGUAUUAAGGUCCCUGUGGGUGCAAAUGGUUUGUGCUUGACUAACCUAAAGGUUGGCAGUUCAAACCCAUUCAGUGUAGGCACAAAAAGAAAGGCCUGGCAGUUUGCUUCCAUAAAGAUUACAGCCAUGAAAACCCUAUGGAGUUCAGUUCUGCUCUGUAACACAUGGGGUCACCAUGAGUCGGAAUCGACAGCAGUGGGUUUGGGUUCAUUUGUUUGCCAAGUGCUACCAGCAUCUUGUCCAUCAAAUUGGGAUAUAUCAGUGAAGAUUUUCAGAAAUCUUCCUCCUGCUUUUUAUCUAUUAUUCAGCUCUUACCAGAGGGCAGAGAGUGCUAGAUAUACUGGCAUAUUCUUUUAGUUAGGCUUUGUUGUUUCUGUAUAAUACUUUUCAUAGUGUGUGAUAUGAGGUACUGCCACUUUCAUCUCUCAGUGAUGCUGGUGUAUUAUUUUGUUCAGUUUUGGUGAGGGCAGAUUCUAUAAGUCUGAGUCUAUCAUUAUUCAUGGGGUCUCUGAUGAAAGGUUGGACUUUUACAUUUUGAACAAGGGGAGCUAGCUCUUCCAGACCGUUAUUUUUCAAAAGGCAGUAUUUCAGACUACUAGGAAAUUUCUCUUAGCCCAGAAUCUCUCAAACCUCAAUGUGUAUUCAGAUCACCUGAAAAUCUUGUAAAAACAGAUUCUGAACCACUAGGUGCAGAAUCUUAG